AAAACAGGAAACCGGAAGAGCUUUUCCAGUCCCUUGUUUGUGUAUCGGUGAGCUGCUAUAUUAAGACAAUUAACAUCGUAUUUCAAGGCAGUUCUGCCAUUGAAUUAUUUAAUAGGUGUAGUAAAUGGUACAAUACAAACAGAAUGAUGAUGGACACGUCUGUAGAGCUGUAUUAGCUCAUGUAAGGAUGGCGUCGGCGGUGGAGAGAACAGAUGAUCUCGUGCGUGAAUAUUUAAUAUACCGCGGAUUUACGAGCACUCUCAAACAUCUAGACACUGACAUCAAAGCUGACAAAGAGAAAGGAUUUCGAGUGGAUAAAAUAAUCGACCAGCUUCAUCAGUUCAUUCAGAGCUAUGACCUUCCUGGACUGAAAGAAUAUUGGAGCUACCUGGAUCACAGAUUCUUCAGCCGUUUGGAGGAUGUUUACAGACCCACUGUUAACAAACUGAGGACAAGUCUCUUUCGUUACUACCUCGUGUUCAGUGUUCAGACAAAGAAUCUGGAGAAGACACAAGAGUUUUUCCAGAAGCAGGCUCUUGAUCUUCAGGGCCAGGCAGAAUGGCGUGAUUGGUUCAUUCUGCCAUUUAUUUCAGCACCGGAACAAAAUCCGAGCUUCUCUCCAUAUUUUUCCCGCCAGUGGGCAGAUACUUUCCUUGUUUCCCUCCACAACUUCCUCAGUGUUCUUUUCCGGUGUAUGCCCCAGCCCGUGCUUCUGAGUUUUGAUGCUGAAGUUCAGAGAACCACCAGCAUCCAGGAGGAGAAUGAACAACUGCGCCAAGUGUUAUUUGCACUUCAAGGAGAAUCGAGGCCCAAGAAAGCAGAGGAGAUGUUGCAUCACAAACUCCCUGCUUACGUCCAGCACAUGGACCGACUCGCAGAUACAGAGCUGGACUUGGUGUCGAGCCAGCGUGUCGUAAACCCCACCACUCCUUCAAGGAAUUUCUUCUCCUUUUUGCCUCAGGGCAGAAGAUUCCCAGUGCGAACACCUCAGGGGGCAACAAGCUCCUCCCCUACACAGGUCACCCUUGGGAGGAAGGAAACCUCGGCCAGUCAGUCGGUGAAGAUAAAGGACCCCACAACCUCAAAAGAGUCCAAGAUGACCUCUGUUGCUGCUACCUUGGUAGAUACAGUUGCAAGGCAAAAGAGGCAGAUGGAUUAUGAGAAAGAGAGAAAAGAGCUUUUCUUCAAACAAGCAGCACAGACUUCUGAAAAGAAAGUCGAGGUUUCUGAGUCCGAGGGUCAAAUGGAGGGCCAGUGUGAUGUAACUGACUCGCCAACCAAACAGGCUCAGGCUAACAGUGAAGCGGGCGGGUCUGGGGUUGAGCAACCGUUCAUCAAACUUAGUCAGGAGGAGUAUGGAGAGCAUCACUCUUCCAUCAUGCACUGCAGGGUGGACAGUUCAGGUAGAAAAGUGGCAAGUCUGGACGUGGAUGGCGUAGUGAAAGUUUGGUCCUUCAACCCCAUUAUGCAAACGAAAGCCACCAUUAUGUCCAAAUCUCCUCUGCUCUCACUGGAAUGGGCUACAAAACCAGACAGACUGCUGUUGUUGGGCAGUGGGGUUGGCACGGUGAGGCUGUAUGAUACUGAAGCUAAGAAAAAUCUGUAUGAAAUGUCUAUAGACGAAGCUCAUCAACGGAUACUAUCACUGGCCUGCAGUCCCAGUGGAACAUCGUUUGUAUGUUCAGCAGCUGCUUCUGUGGCUCGUUCGGGCAGCAUUUCAGAAACGGUCCCGCAUCUGAUGCAGCCCGUAUCCGGAAAACUGCUACUCUGGGACACUAAGACUGUCAAACAACAACUGCAGUUUGCACUGGAGCCGGGGCCUGUAGCUGUAAACUGCAUUGCGUUCAACCACAACGGGAAUCUUCUGGUAACUGGAGCUGCCGACGGCAUCAUACGCCUGUUCGACAUGCAGAGGUAUGAGAGUGUUAUGAGUUGGAAGGCUCAUGAUGGUGAAGUUUACAGUGUUGAGUUCAGCUAUGAUGAAAACACUGUGUUCAGCAUUGGAGAGGACGGCAAGUUCAUCCAGUGGAACAUCCACCGCUCUGGAGUGAAACAGUCAGAAUACUCGUUAUCUCAGGAUGCCGUGGGACCAUUUGUGCUGUCCGGGUACAGUGGCUAUAAGCAGGUCCAGGUGCCUCGUGGACGACUUUUUGCUUUCGAUUCAGAGGGGCAGCAUGUCCUCACCUGCUCCAGUACCGGAGGACUCAUCUAUCGGCUGAAUAAGGGAGACGCUGGUCUGGAGAGUGUGUUGUCUUUGGGAGGGCAUAAAGCUCCGGUGGUAACGGUGGACUGGUGUUCAGCUGUGGACUGUGGAACCUGCCUUACAGCGUCGAUGGAUGGCAAAAUCAAACUGAGCACGCUCCUCGCACAGAAACCCUGAUGAAAAAAAUAUACUGUCAGCUUCUCGUCGUUGCUUAGGCAAAGACAACUGAUCCUAGUCUUUUACUUUUAUUACUGUUUAAAUGUACAGUUCUCAAUACCUGAUUUAAAUUGAUAGUUCUCAAAUAAAAUUCCAUCAUACUUUAGUAAUGUAACUCUUAUUCACUUAUUCACAACUCAAAGUAGUAAAGGUGAUAGUAAAGUCAUACGACCAUAGCACUGAUAGCAAAUAAGACCAUUGCAUAUGAUUUGCAUCAUUUUCAUCCUCAUCAGACCAUUCAGUGUGCCCUGUUGAUGAGGGCGGAGUCUUCCUAGAAGAGACCACUCCCAUUAGGGUAGAAAUGUUUCCUCAUGGGAUAAAGAUGAUCAGUCAGAAGAAUUAAUUUAGCAGUGACUCUUCUUUUAAACUGAUCAUUUGCCCCUUGCAUUUCAUGGUAUGGGUCAAACAUUCAGGUAAUGCUGAGAACCUUGUGAAGGGUGUCUGUUCUGACCAGAACACUUUUCAACGUCUGUAGAGCGGUGUAUAUGGUUUUCACACUGCUAACCCUCGAAUCUGCUUUCGUCAUUGUAAUGAUAGUUUUAUAGACUACAACAUAAUACUAUACCACAAUAUCCCUCUGUAUUUAGUUCUUGCUAAAUUGUUUGAAUAUGUCCUGCAUUAACAUUCUCCAUCACCUGAAAAACAGUUGUUUUUUUCUUCAUUCAUAUCACAUUAAUACGCAAAUAUCAUAGUUAUUGCACUUGGAUCAUAGUUAUUAUUUUCGACUACAAUUUCUAUAGCGUUUCCUUUCAUUUGUCUCAUUUGUAUAUUGAGGCAAUUAACAAACAAGUAAAUAUGUCUGAAUAAGAUAUUGAUAUCAGGAUUUCUGAAACAGCUACAAAUGGUUCUGACACCAUUUUAAAGAAUGUAUUCCUAAAUAGUAAAUAUCAGCUAUUGCAUUUGUGUUUGAUACAUGAUGAAAUAAAAAGUGUCCGGUGAUGCCCAAA